UUCAGAGCCUUUUGAAGAAGCUGAAGUCAAAGUUGGCGUCUGUGCGUUUGAAACACACUUUUGCACCCCUGUGUUUGUGUGUGUGUGUGUGUUUUUUACAGUUUUUGCCUCUCUUUUCUCUUAAAUAACAGACCGAAUCACUAUGGGAUUACAUGAACUGUCACUGUCCUGUCAAAGGAUUUUUAAAGUUGGCAAAGCGUGACGGGAGAAGACAGCGAGAGAUUCCUGGAAGAGUCACUGUGCUGGACCUCAGGGGCCGUGGCAUGGUUGGAGCUUGUUGCAGUGUACAAUGGGUCUGAGAGUCCUUGUUGAGGUUCUAAAGAUGGCUGCUUCAGGAAUAACCCUCCUCACUCUGGCAGCUGUCCUCUUUAAUGUUGCCAUGUGUGACUGGGACACCGGAAAAGGAAAGGACAGCUCACCUCUAAGGUUCACUCACCACCUCUACAAUGCCACCAUAAACGAGAACUCGGCCCCACGGACCUACGUUGGCACGUCGGUGAAGAUGGGAAUUGAAGUGGCAUAUGAGUUGUGGGAAAUCAAAUAUACCAUUGUAUCAGGAGACGAUGAUGACCUCUUUCAAGCAGAAGGUGUCAAAGUUGGGGAUUUCUGUUUUCUCAGGAUUAAAACACGCAGUAGUAACUCAGCGUUACUCAACAGAGAAGUCAGAGACACUUACACACUAACCAUUAAAGCUACGGAAAGCACGUUUGACUUACAGACUAAGACAAAGGUGUUGGUUCACGUUCUUGACACUAACGACCUGAAGCCCCUCUUUUAUCCUGCCUCGUAUAACGUGACUAUCGGAGAGGACACACCACUUAAAUCAAGUGUGGUCAAAGUUAGCGCGACAGAUGCUGACAUUGGAAGCAAUGCUGAUUUUUAUUACUCUUUCACCAGCAGGGCCCAUCCUUUUACCAUAGACCCUUUUACUGGAAUAGUUAGCCUCGUCAAGAAGCUCAAUCACACUCGAAUACAGAGAUAUGAUCUCACGGUUUUAGCAGAAGACAGAACCAAAAAGAUAUCUGGUGUUCAGAAGUUUGGUAAUGUUGCCAGAGUGACAGUCAAUGUAAAAAAGAUGUCCAUAGUCUCUCCAGUCAUCACACCUCUCCCCCAACCCAUACUGUCUACAGAUGGUAGAAUAACCAUUAACGUCCAUGUGGAGUCAGGAGUCAAGCCAGUCGAAUCCCUUAGUAUUGUUGGAGGAGAUCCCCGCAAGUCUUUUGAGGUUAUUCCCUUUGGCGUGCAAGGCAGCGACUUCCAAGUGAUGUCCACAAAGAGGAUUAUGUGGUCUCAAAUCCUAUAUGGAAUGAAUCUGUCACUUCAAGCUAAAGACAGAAGCUCUCCAAGUUUGCUCUCAACUAUUACACGAAUCCACAUACCAGCACAUCAUUACAGCGCAUUAUCUUUUACAGAAGACACCUACAUUGUGAUGCUAAGUGAGUUUUCACCUCCUAAAACUCACGUGGUUAAAGUUUCAGUUUUCCCAGUCCCCUAUAAUGUUACUUUUAGCAUAAAAAAUAAUCCAGACAGCACAAAAUUCAAGAUAAACCCCAAAACAGGCAUUAUCAUAACCACAGAGAACUUUGACUUUGAGCAAAAGAAUCUAUAUGAGUUUGAUGUAACAGCCAACCGAGGUCAAGCUGUGACUCAUAUCGUGGUUGAGAUAAGAGAUGAAAACGAUAACAGCCCUCAGUUCACACAGACAUCAUAUGAAACCAUGCUCGAUGAAAACCUGCCUGUUGGCAGCAGCGUUUUGAUGGUAGUAGCCACGGACAACGAUAAAGGCAAAAACGGUUUUGUGACUUAUGCUAUUGCCAACUCAGGGCCGUUACCUUUCAUGAUUCAUCCGUUCACAGGUGUUAUCUCAACCACCGAACAUUUGGACUAUGAGCUGAUGAAGCGGCGUUAUCACCUGAGAGUGUGGGCUUCCGACAGCGGCACCCCCUUCAGUCAGGUUAGCGAAUGCCUUGUAACAAUAACUCUGAACAACAUCAACGAUAACAUCCCCCUGUUUGAGAGGAUAGGCUGCAAUGCCACCGUACCUCUAGAUUUACCUGUGGGACACACAGUGGUUGAACUGUCCGCCAUCGAUGUUGAUGAGCUGCAGCAGCUUAGGUACAUUAUCGAGUCGGGGAAUGAGCUCCAGGUGUUUGCUAUUGACCAAGUGACAGAUGCCAUCACCUUGAAGCAACCGAUUCCUCGACAAGCUGGUUUCUUCACUCUGAAAGUUGUAGCAACUGAUGGCAAACAUCAUUCCGACGCAUCAGUCGUAACAGUAACUGUCGCCAACAGUGGCCAUGAUACAACCGUUCAUUGUCAUGAAACAGGUAUUUUCAAAAAACUGACUGAUAAACUUAUUGAGUCAAUCAAACCUAUUUUAGCCCAUCAGGAGGAAGACUCGUUCUCUGAUACCCAUAUUACCAACAGACAUUCUCCCAAGUUUGAUGUGAGCAUUCCCAGUUCCAUUGAUAUCGCUGAGGACUAUCCACUUAACUCCACUGUUAUUAAUUUCAGGGCGACAGACAGUGACACCAGGUUUAGCGGUAAGCUGGUGUACGUUAUAUCAAGUGGCAAUGAAGACGGCUGUUUCUCCGUUGAUACUAUUUCUGGUGACCUUCGACUAGUUUGCCCAUUAGACAGAGAAAGUAAAGAAUUCUACAUUUUGAAUGUCACUGUUUAUGAUUUGGGAACACCACAGACAUCUGCAUGGAAAUUCAUUGCAGUAAAUGUUGUUGAUGUCAACGACAAUGCUCCUAUGUUUGAUCAGUCCAGAUACGUGAUUCGCAUCCCAGAAAACAAAGCUGAGGGCUCGGUUGUUUUCAGAGCUCGUGCAGUAGAUCGGGAUGCAGAUUUGAAUGGUAACAUCCAGUACUCCCUGCUGACAGCUACCGAUUUAUUUCAAAUUGAUGAACUGACUGGUGAAGUAAAGGUGGCAGGUGUUUUGGAUCGGGAAUCUUUACCAAGACAUGACCUUCGGAUUGAAGCCAGAGAUCAGGCCAGCCUCAGCCCUCAACGGUUCUCCACUGCUGAUCUAGUGGUGAUUUUGCAGGACGUAAAUGACAACCCACCUAAAUUUGUGCCUAAAGUCUACAAAAUAAAAGUUCCUGAGGAUGUACCUGUGGGCACUCUGCUAGUCUGGGUAGACAGUGUUGAUCUGGAUCUUGACAGUGGGGGCCUUGUCACCUAUAACCUCAAGAACACAGAGAGUGGGAUCUUUUAUGUUGACUCCUACACGGGUGCCCUGACCCUCGAGAGAGAGCUGGACUUUGAGAGACGGCCGUCAUACAACCUUACAGUCCGAGCUGUGGACCACGGCCUCCCUCGCUCCCUAUCUUCAUCCUGCUUUGUGGAGAUUGAGGUGCUGGACGUCAACGAGAACCUCCAUCAGCCAAUCUUCUCUGAGUUUGUGUAUGAAGCUGGAGUGAUGGAGGACGCACCAGUGGGGACAUCAGUCAUCAUGCUUACAGCUUCAGACAAGGACUUGGGCAGAGAUGGCACGCUCAAGUACCAUAUCCAUGAUGGUUCUGGUUUAGGAGUCUUCUCUAUUGAUGAAAAAACAGGUGUGAUUAGUACAGCACAGACGUUGGACCGUGAGACGACGUCUCACUACUGGCUUUCUGUGUACGUGACCGACCUGGGAACCGAACCUCUGGUCUCCUGGACUCAUGUCUUCCUGGAGGUCGUGAAUGUUAACGACAACCCCCCAGAACUGUCCCAGCCAGUUUAUUUUGCAUCUGUCUUAGAAAACAUGGCUACAGUCAAAUCCAUCAUCCAGGUGUCUGCAACAGACUUGGACACACCCUCAGAGGGAACACUUUCCUACGAGUUGUUGGAGUCCCAACGAAUAUACUUUGCCGUUGACCCCAAGACAGGUGUUAUCAGUACGAUCACACCAUUGGAUCGUGAGGAGAAACCAGAGCACAGCAUCGAGGUCAUUGUUUCAGAUAACGGUUCACCACCUUUGCGCUCCACCGCCACCAUUGUGAUUCAAGUUCUGGACGAGAACGACAACAGACCAAAGUUUACUGAUAAACUUUUCCACAUCAAGCUGCCAGAACAGCGGCGCCACAUGGGUAAACAGGAAGUGUGCAGGAUGUUUGCCCAUGAUGACGACGAAGGCGCAAACGCCAUGGUGACCUACAAGCUCCAAGACAACCAGGACAAGGGGUUCGAGAUUAACCCGGUGACAGGCAUGGUGAUGGCACAUGGGAAUUUCUGGCCUGGGAACUACACUAUUCUUACGAUUAAAGCAAGUGAUCAGGGCGCCCCCUCCAGGUCAUCUACAGCACGACUCGACAUUGAGUGGGUCGCCCGCUCGCCACCGUCCGCUGAGCCAAUCACAUUUGAUGAGCUCCAUGUCCCCUUUGUCGUGAUGGAAUCAGAUAAAGUCACUCACAUGGUGGGCAUCAUCAAGACGGAGACGCGGCAGCAGAGAUGGUUCGAUAUCAUAGGUGGUGAUGAGGAGAAGGACUUUGACAUCCAGAGGAAUACUGGAGCCAUCUCCAUCGCCCGCCGCCUUGAUGCGGCGCGAUGUUCCAACUACAACUUGACGGUUCGGGUCACAGAUGGUCACCAGAGCACCACCACACAGGUCUACAUCCGUGUGCUGGACAUCAACGAGCACCGCCCCAUCUUUCUAAAGCCGCUGUAUGAGGUGAGGGUUCCUGAGGACACCGCUGCGUGGAAGGACAUCCUGCAAAUCAGCGCACAGGAUGCCGACGUUAACAGUAAGCUGGUCUACUCCAUUCACAGCAGCCUCCACCCAGACAGCACCAAGUUCUUCCACCUGGACCCCAAGAGCGGCGUCCUGGUGAUGACGGAAGAGCUGGACUAUGAGACAAUCUCCGUCCACACGCUCAUCAUUAUGGUACGUGACCAGGAGAUCCCAGUGAAAAGGAACUUUGUGAAGGUGGUGGUUUAUGUGGAGGACUGUAAUGACCACUCGCCAGUUUUCCUCAGCCCACGCUAUGAAGUCACCAUCUCCAAUCUGGCUCCUAUGGGCUCUGAGGUCACCCGGGUCAAAGCCCUGGACAAAGACAUGGGCAGCAAUGCGGACAUCAGCUACUCGUUGCACUCUGGGAAUAUCGAUAGUGUCUUCUCCAUAGAUGCACAGGUGGGGUCCAUCAGUGUGUCCAAGCCUCUUGACCUUCAGCCUCAAAACCAGUUCCAUUUGACAGUAAAAGCCACCGACCAAGGCUUUCCUGAACGCACUGAUCUCUGCUCCGUCCAUGUUCACAUCCGUAUCUCCGACAAAACCCCACCCGUCUUCCCACUGGAUGAAUACUUAACUGAGAUCAGUGAGUCAAGCACCCUCGGAACGCCAGUCGUGACAAUCUUGGCCUCCAGUCCCGCUGCAGUGCAAUAUGACAUCGAGAAUGGAAAUGUGAAUGGGACAUUUCUCAUCAACCCCUACACCGGACUGAUUUCUACACAAAAACAUCUUGAUUUUGAGAAACGCUCUUCCUACAAGCUUAAAGUUACAGCUUCCACCACAGCUGGAGCUUCAUCCAAGACUUAUGUUUACAUCUAUGUGAUUGACGAGAACGACAACGCCCCUGUUUUCCAGAAGAAGGCGUACCUGGGGCAGAUCAGCGAGUCGGCUCACAUAAACAGCAUGGUGAUGGGAGAAAGGGACUCUCCUUUAGUCAUCCAGGCUUCAGAUGCAGACAGAGAUGCAAAUUCUUUGCUGGUAUAUGAGAUCCUUGAACCAGAAGCCCUCAAAGUCUUCAAUAUAGAGUCCAGUAUGGGCACCAUCUCUUUAAUUUCCCCAGUAGACUUUGAAGCCAAAGCUGAGUAUCACUUCACUGUGCAGGUAAAGGACUCUGGGGAGCCAUCACUGUAUGCAGGUGAGCCCACAAAGGUAACAGUUCAUGUUCUGGAUCUUAAUGACUGCCCGCCACAAUUCACCACACCUGAGUAUGAGACAUCCAUCAUCUUUCCAGCUGUCAAAGACACAGAGGUGGUGCAGGUAAUGGCCCAUGAUGCUGAUUCAGCAGUUUCAUACAGCAUCACUCAAGGGAAUCUUCAUAAUGCCUUCUCAAUACAUCCCAAUACUGGCAUCAUCACCGUCAGCAAUAUAUCUGAAUUCAGGACUUCUUACCAACUGGUUGUCAGAGCUUCUGACAGCCUCUACAAAGACUUGGCUCUCGUCAAGGUACAUGUAACAAACUUAACAUCAAGUGGUCUUGGGUUUGAGCAGAAAGUGUAUUCAGCAAGUGUUAUGGAAAACCAAAGAACAGUCAAAACUUUGGCAGCACUCAAAGUUACAGGCUGCUUUUUAAAUGAGCCUCUUUUAUAUUCAGUGGUAAACCCAGCGGGAAGGUUUACCAUAUCCAAAACAUCAGGCGUGCUUGAAACUACAGGCAUCCCCUUUGAUCGAGAAGAACAGGACAUUUAUGACGUGUUUGUGAAGGUGCAAGAUAUGAGAACACCUCCUCGGACAGCCAUAGCACAGGUCAAGGUUUACAUCGAUGACGUUAAUGACAACUCUCCCCAGUUCCUCAACCUUCCUUUUUCAAUGAUGAUUUCCGAAGACACGGAACCAGGGGAUGUUUUGUAUCAAGCAACUGCACUGGACAAAGAUCUGGGAGAAAAUGGAUCCAUCAUGUACUCACUAGAGGAUGACUACAACCUCUUCAGGAUAGAUCCUGAUGAAGGUGAUGUAUCUCUUCGAAGGCCUCUCGACUUUGAAGCCUUGAAUAAGUAUGUGCUGAAUGUCAUGGCUGUUGAUGAGGGUGAGCCCAGUCACAGCACUGUGUCACAGCUCAGCAUUCAAAUAAGGAACCGAACCAACCCAGUUUUCCAAACCUUUCUCUAUCCACUAAAGGUCCCUGAAAAUGUCCCCCCUUUCACCACCAUUUUGCACGUCCAGGCCAGAAAUCCAGAGGGCUACCGCCUCAUCUACAACCUUGAAGAGGAAAACGCCUCUAAACAUUUUCAUAUUGAUUUCAAAACAGGUGUGUUGAUGGUCACCAACCCCCUUGACUAUGAGAGUCAGGCCAUACAUGUGUUGACAGUCAGAGCUACUGACUCUGUGACUGGGGUGUUCUCUGAGGCCUUGAUUGAAGUAGAAGUAGAGGAUGUCAAUGAUAACGCACCAGUUUUUACAAAGUUGACUUACUCUGUGAACAUCGCUGAGGGGCUCCCAAUCGGCUCCCCUGUGAUACAAGUUUCCGCCUCUGAUAGAGACUGUGGCAGAAACAAGGAUUUGACCUACCACAUGAUGAAAACGGAUGGGAAUGAGACUGAUUUCUUCAUGAUAGACUCUCAGAAUGGAAUGAUUGUCACAUCACAGGUGUUAGAUCACGAAACUACAAAGCAUUUUAAUUUGAAAAUCAAAGCCACUGACAAUGGCACUGUUCCUCUCAGUGGUGAGGCCUAUGUAUUUGUAAAUGUCACAGAUGUUAACGACAACCCACCAGAAUUUGUUAGAACCCUUUAUGAAGCCAUGCUGGAUGAAAUGGCAAAAUGUGGGCACAUAGUAAUCAAAAUCCAAGCCUCAGAUCCCGACACUGGGGACCUCAAUAAUCUUAAGUACAAAAUUCUCUCGGGAAAUGAAGGCCGGUAUUUCAACAUUAAUGAAUCUUCUGGAAUUAUCUCAUUUUCCAACGUAUGUAAAAGGAAUUUGGAUCCGUACUAUAACCUGACUGUGGCGGUGUCCGAUGGAGUGUUUCAAAAAACGGCACCAGUCAAUAUUGAUAUGAUAAAUGGCAACAAGCACAGCCCAUACUUCAAACAAAGCAUCUAUGAAGCGGAGCUGGCUGAAAAUGCAGAGGUGGGAACUCGCGUGAUCCGAUUGGCUGCCAUAGACCCUGACACUGGACCAUAUGGCACUGUUGACUACACUAUAAUCAACAAACUUGCCGAUGAGAAAUUUACCAUUGACAAUGAUGGGCAGAUUGUCAUGACAAAACCACUGGACAGAGAAAAUCCUGCACAGAGGGUCAUUGCCAUCAAGGUGAUGGCAAAAGACGGCGGCGGAAGAGUGGCUUUCUGCACCGUCAAGAUUAUUCUCACAGAUGAGAAUGACAACAUGCCUCAGUUCAAAGCAUCAGAAUACCAGGUUUCAAUUCAGUCAACUGCAAAUAAAGGUUCUCCUGUCAUUCAAAUCAUGGCGUAUGACGCCGAUGAUGGCAAGAAUGCUGACGUCACCUAUACCGUAGAUGAAGCCGAAGAGGUGACAGAAGAUGUCAUCGAGAUCAAUCCUUUCACUGGAGUGGUGAGCGUUAAGGAGAGUCUCAUUGGCAUGGAGAACAAAAUCUUCAACUUCAAGGUCAAGGCCCGCGAUGGCAGCCUUCCUUUCUAUAAUUCUACCGUUCCUGUUCAGGUCAAGGUGGUUCCUCCUGAGGUUCCCCUUCCCAAGUUCACAGAGCCUCUCUAUACGUUCUCAGCUGCUGAGGACAUUUCCAUAGGGACGGAGAUCGGCUCAGUGAGGGCAGACUCAGACAUGCCCCUGAUUUACAGCCUGGUGAACGGGAACACGGUCGAAAGCAAUAAAGACAAAGUUUUCAGUUUGGACAAAGAAAGUGGAACAUUACUGCUGCAAAAGUCCAUCGACCAUGAGAAGACAAAGUGGUACCAGAUUGAUGUGAUUGCUCAAGGAAACCACAAUGGGACAGAUGUGGCGUCACUGGUGUCCAUCAGUAUCCAAGUUCAGGAUGUGAACGAUAAUCAGCCGAUGUUUGAUGCAAACCCAUACAGGGCCUUCUUGGCCGAGAACCUGCCUGCUGGAACUACUGUUAUUCAGGUCACUGCUAAUGACCCAGACAUGGACAGGAAUGGUCUGGUGACCUACAGCUUGGAGUCUCUGCCCGAUGAUGUCACAGAGGACAUCACUGCCAUUUUCUCCAUCGAUGGAGAGAGCGGAUGGAUCACCACCUUACAGGAGACGGAUUGCGAGGCGACCAGAUUCUACAGAUUCAGCGUGGUCGCCAUGGAUCAUGGCAGUGAUGUCAAGCUGUCUUCCAGCGUCCUCGUGGAGGUGACGGUGACAGACGAGAACGACAACUCACCACGGUUUUCCAGUGACAUGUACCGCAGCUCGGUGGUGGAAAACAGCACUCCUGGUGAAGUCAUUGUCUCCAUGACGACAACAGAUGCUGACAUGUCACUGGAGAACCGCCUUGUGACCUGUUACAUCACAGACGGAGAUCCGCUGGGCCAGUUUGCUAUCAUCCAGGAGGACGAGGGCAAGUGGGGUUUGAUCAUAAAGGAACCUCUGGACCGAGAGACACGAGACCGGUACACGCUGAAAGUCACAGCCACCGAUGGGAAGUCUGAUGCUCUGGUUACUGUGGACGUCCAUGUGCUGGACAUCAAUGACAACAGUCCACUGUGUGACCAGCUGCUAUACACAGAGACGGUUUUGGAAAACUCGCCCUCCAGCACAUUUAUUCUGAAGGUUUCAGCUUCAGAUCCAGACGUAGGAGCAAAUGGUCAGAUCUCCUACACGCUGCAUGGCCCAGACGCCGACAAGUUCCAUCUCAAUCACAGGACAGGUGACCUGUUCACCCUGGAUGUGUUGGACCGGGAGAGCGUGGUUGAGCACAACAUGGUGGCCAAGGCGACAGACGGCGGGGGGCGGUCCUGUCAGGCAGACAUCAUGCUGAGGAUCCAGGACACAAAUGAUAACCCUCCUAGUUUCUCCUCCAGCCACUACGAGGUCACUGUAUUCGAUAAUACCACCGUCCGAACGCCCAUCGCCGUCGUAUACGCCAAGGACCCGGACGCAGGUAUAAACGCUGAGGUGAAGUACUCCCUCGUGGUUGGCGACCGAGGCUACUUUUCUCUCGACGAGUUCUCAGGGAUCCUGCGUCUGGAACAACCCCUGACCUUCGACUCACCGUCAACCUUCAAUCUCAAGGUCAAGGCCACAGACCGCGGCCUUCCUCAUCACCUCUAUUCCUUCACCACUGUGACAGUGGAUGUGGUCUCUCUGGAUGACUACCAGCCCGUCUUCCUGAACACCGAGUACACCAUCCAGAUCCCAGAAUCCUUGGUGAUUGGUUCAGAGGUGCUGAGUCUCUCCACCCUCACCAGACAUGAUGUAGGACCAGAGCCGGUUGUCUACCGUAUCGUAUCAGGAAACGAGGACGGACGGUUCCUGCUGGACGCGCACACAGGUUUGCUGACACUCACUGCACCGCUGGACUUUGAAGCUUGCCAUGAGUACUACCUGUCUAUGGAAGGAAACCGUGGAAAGUCAUCCCUCAGCGACAUUACCAUGGUCGUCAUCAACGUAACUGACGUCAAUGACAAUGCGCCGGCGUUCGGACAGCGUGUCUACAGAGCUGAGGUAUCAGAGGAUCUGACGCCUGGAAGCCUGGUCAUGCAGGUGACGGCCACUGAUCCGGACGGUCCGAUCAACAAUCUGCUGCGUUACUCCAUUGUGAGCGGAGACCCGCUGCAGCAGUUCUCCAUUCACCCGCGGAAUGGCGAGGUGACGGUGCGCACCGCCCUGGACAGAGAGGAGGUUCCUCAUUACUCCCUGACAGUCCAGGCAGCAGAUGAAGGAGAUCCCCCUUUGUCUUCGGCAGUCUUAGUCACCGUCACCAUUGUCGACGUCAAUGACAACCCGCCCGUCUUCUCACAGGUCAACCACAGCCUCCUGCUGCAGGAGGGCGAGUCCAUUGGCAGCAGCGUUUUCCAGCUGGUGGUGACUGACAGGGACACACCCAGGAACGGCCCGCCUUUUUCCUUCCACAUCAUAAGUGGCAACGAGGACCGCUGUUUCCAUGUCGACCAAGGUGGGCUGCUCUCGCUGUCUGCUCCGCUCAGGAAGAAGGUCAAACCCCAUCACCUGCUGAAGAUACAGGUGACAGACAGCGGCCACCCGCCCCUCUCAUCCAUCUGCGUGGUCAACAUCAGUGUCACCGAGCAGAGCAAGUAUCCUCCAACUGUCGUACCCAUGGAGGUCUUCAUCACCACCACCGACGGAAUGUUUGCCAACCGGAUCAUUGGUAGGCUUCAUGCCUCUGACCAGGACCUGCAGGACAUUCUGACCUACAGGUUGGUCUCAGAACACCCUGUUGGAGACAGGUUCUCCGUUGACUUGGCUGAUGGCAAAAUCUGGGCAAAAGAAACACUGGAGGAGGGGUCCUACUCACUAAACGUCAGUGUGAGUGAUGGGAAGUUUAGUGUUUGGACUGGGGUCAGGGUUCACGUUUGGGAUGCUGACCAGAGGACCCUGGACUCUGGAUUGACACUGCAGCUGGUCGGGAUGUCACCGGAGGAGUUUUUGGGAGAUCACUGGAGAGGACUCCAGCGCAGCCUGGGUCUCGCUCUGGGCUUGCCCAGGCAAGAGCUGCACCUGGUCAGCUUGCAGAAGCUGCCUGAUGCCCCAGCUCUGGAGGCCUUGCUGGUCUGGAGACCUCAGAAUGGACUCAUUCCAUCUUUACCAACCAGCAGACUUGCAGGGGUUUUAUCAGAUCUGGAGGACUCUCUGCGGCUGAGCAUCCUCCGGGUCAGCCAUAAUGGCUGUCUGGGGACCGGCUGCCCACCACGAGGCUGCAGGAAUGCCGUCCAGCUGACAGCAGACACAAUGAGCCAUUUCACCACAGCCAGAGGAGGUUACAUCACGCCGCAGCACCGCUGGGAGAGCGUCUGCCCCUGCAACGAGUCGGCAUUGGGAUUUGAUGGGAAGGCCUACCUGAAGUACCUUCACAGGCUGGACGAAGACAACCAUGAUUUCAAGCUGUCCCUGAAGUUCAAGACCUUCCAACAAGAAGGUCUCAUUGUGUCCAUGAACGGUACUAAGGACUGGGGAGUUUUACAGGUGACCAAUGGGGAGCUGUGGUUCAGGUACAGCUGUGGAAGUUCCUCCCCGGGUUUGUUGUGGAUUCGAUCGCACACAGUAUCAGAUGGCCACUGGCACCGCGUCCUGCUGGAAGUGAAGUCUUCCGUACUGAAGAUGACCCUGGACCAGCAGCAUCCAGACACAAACGCCUUGAUGGAGCCCUGCCGUAUGAUGCGUUCCCAUGGUGCAUUGCUGUUCGCUUCUGUCGCUCACGGCUCUGCUUCAGACGAUCACAGACACCUUCAGGCGUUCACUGGCUGCCUGGAGGGUUUGGAUUUCAAUGGGGAAACAAUUCAAACAGGGGACACGGCGGAGUGGAUGGGGGCGGGAACCAGGAGGGUGUUUGGGGUGUACCAGUGCUGCAGCAGGACGAACGCCUGCGCCAACAACCCCUGUCACAACGGAGGCGUCUGUGAGGUCAAGCCAAGUGGAGAGCCACACUGCAGGUGUGCAGGACUCUUCCACGGCGCCCGUUGCGAGUUCACAGAUAACCCGUGCACCUCCCAGCCAUGUAUCCACGGUGGGCUGUGCAUCCCGAAACCUCGAGGUUACAUCUGCAACUGCUCCCUGGAUGACACUGGAGCACAGUGCCACAACCUGAUUGAUUGUUCAGACAAUCCAUGUCCUGGGGGAUUUGACUGUAAAUUCUCUAAUGGCUCCAUCCACUGCUCCCCACUGCCUCAGGUAUCUCCACAGAUCGGCUACAUAGAAAUCCUGGAGAUUGUUGCCUGUGUGGUGGGGUUGCUCAUGUUGGUUGGAGUCUUUGUUUGCAUCAGGAAGCGUUACGUUCACCAGAAAAAGAAGAAACCCAUCUGUGUUCAAGAUUCCAACGGCUAUUUCCACACCACGAGCAACAACAACCAGCAAGUCAACCCAAUAGAGAUGAGGUCACUGGUUGGUCAGACCAACGACCUGGAAAACACACCGUUCCGCUCUCUCCGCCCAUGCAGCCAGAUUAGUUCAUGUGGAAGUGGCGUUUCCUCUCAGAAGACACAGGGGCCAGUUGUGUGCAGCGUGGCCCCAAACCUCCCCACCAGGCCACCGUCCUCCUCCGAUAACGACUCCAUCAGGAAGGACCACUGGAACUACGAAGUCUAUCCAGCCGACCCGGACUACUACGGGCGCCCGACGGUCCAGGAGUUCCCCCAGUUUGACAUCGUGGAGGACGCUUACUCCACUUCCACCACAGAUUCACGCAGGAACUCGCGGUUCGGUGGUUUCCCAUUCCCACUGGAUCGCUGUGAUCGCCGCGCACCACUGCCACCAUGCUACAGCAACCAGAACCUGGACGAUUUCCUGGGUCCUGACGGGCUUCCCCUUCCCAGCUCUCACUGUCUCAACGAGUACACCGCCAUCAGCUACUACCCCACCCAGCACACCCGCAGCCUCGACAGCGUGUCUGGAAGCAACAAAAGACUCAGCAUGCGUCUCAGCGUGGCUAUGCCGUCUUAUGCCGAGCAGACUGACCUGCUGCCUCCGGCGCCGCACCAAGCCCAGCCCCAGAUCCGACCCGCUGGACACAACGCUCGUGGCUAUGACGGGUCGAGCAUUGUGGAGAGCGAUUACGGAAGCUGUGAAGAAGUGAUGUUUUGAGUUCGUGAGUCAUCUUUAGCUUCAUCUUCAAGCAAGAACAUCAGUCCUGCACUUUUGUGCCACACGGCGGCAGACGCCGCAACAAACGGGGAACUUACCAAACACAAGCUGUGAUGGAGAUGGAAGCGUUGCGUGAAGCGAACAGUUUGAAUGUAUUAUAGUUGUUGGACUCUAGAAGUCUUCCUGUGCUCGACUGGACGGUGGUGAGACUCAGGACUCAGAGUGCUCAUUAAACAGUGUUACGAUUUUACAGUCGAACUGACGCAGAUGUCCAACUUCACACCAAAAAACAUAAGAAAACUGUUUCUUGAAACUGGUCCAAAUGUGAUUCACUGAUACUACACAUAAAAAAGAUUUCUCCUGCAUUUCAACUUCUCAACAGCUGUAACGAGAAAAAAAAAACACGCUGAUAGGUGGAAGGUUCCGUGUUACUGUGUAUGAUUGGAAAAAAAAAACUGUUUCCAUCCCAAAUUGUAAAGAUAUUUUCAUUCAUUAAAUAACCAUUAAAAUAAGUGAAAAUGGAAUGAAAAAAUUAAUUAAAAGUUGUGGCUCAAUCCCCAGAUUUGCAGAUGGAUUCACCUUUUCACCAACUUAAAUGAAAAUCUAUUUCACCAGCGCACCGCAAAUCUGAAUUUCAGAAAAGGUCAUAUACUCCAAAUGUCUUCAUUUCUGGUUCCAGUUUGACACGACCUUUUAUACAAUUUAGAUUUUUUUAACAGUUUGACACGACCUUUUAUACAAUUUAGAUUUUUUUAAUCCAUUUUUGAUGAGUCCUAGAACAAGUAGACGUCAUUUGAGUUCUUUCAGACGUAUUUUGCUGUGAUGUCACUGAACAUGAGACAGCAUGAAUGAGGAAAGCGCAUGCCCUUAAACAUAUUUUAAACAAACGCUCUUAAGUUUAUUAUAUAA